UGUUUGCAUCCUUGUCUGAGGUGAAUAAAGAUACUUCAAGAGAUGAGUACUUCAUAUUUAACUGGCUGGAUGUUUUUGAUCCUGUGAUGUUCACCCCUCCGUCUCCUUGUGCUUUGUUCCUUCUCUGGUGACAUUAAAGAGCUUGUGUCAGCAGAGAUGUUGGCAGGUGCGUUGGUUCUGAGCACCAUCAUGACUGCUUUACCAGGUGUCCAGAGCAGGUGGAGUGUGUCAUUCUCCAGGAAGGAGAUCUGUGUGUGGGCAGGGACAGCUGUCACUCUGCCGUGCCGCUAUGACUACCCAGCAGGCCACACUGUGAAGCGGGUCAUGUGGUUCCGUGUGUCUCCGGAGGGUCGCAGGGAGUUCACCCACCACAGCGACCCAGACAACAUCAGCCUGUCAUACCGUGGACGUACACGCUACAUAGGGGGCAGUUAUUCCAGCUGUUCAGUCCAGAUUCGGAGUGUGAAGUUGAGUGACGCAGGCCAGUAUCAUUUCAGGUUUGAGACAGACCAGCCACUGGGGAGAUGGACCUCCCCUGACACUAUCACCCUCGAUGUCACAGAUCUCCAGGUCCAAGUGCAUCCAGCCAGGCCCGCCAACAUGUUUGGCUUUGGAGAGACCGUGUUUGUAGGCUGUGAGGCCACAGGAUGUGCUGCUCCAGGACGGAGCCUCGCCCUGUACAGGAAUGGACUGAACCUUGGAUCCUUUGAGAAAUGGAUGAUUAUCAACCGCUUCGACCAGCAGCAGGCUGGGGUCUACACCUGUCGGCCAGUCCCACCACAGAAGGUGCAGUCCCUCCCCCUCUCCCUGGCUCUGGGAUAUGGCCCUCACUCCACCUCCAUUACAGUCUUUCCUGUAGGGGACGUGUCGGAGGGGGCAUCGGUCACCUUGACCUGCAGCAGUGAUGCAGCUCCACCUGUAGAAAGCUUUGCAUGGUUCAAAGACAUGGAAAGUGGCAGCAUCCCAGACAGUUUUAGGCCUCAGCUGCAUCUGUCCCACCUCAAACACACUGACAGAGGAGAGUACUUCUGUGUAGCUCGCAACUCACUGGGAACAGACCGCUCCAGACCACUUCUACUUAAUGUCACUUACUCUCCAAAGAGUACACGUGUGGUGGUGAUUCCCCCAGGUGACGUCAGAGAAGGCUCAUAUGUAAACUUGAUCUGUGUCAGCAAUGCAAACCCUCCUGCCAGCAGGUACACAUGGUAUCACAUCCUAGGUGACCAGGUUCUGUCUAAAGGGACAUUGCAGAACCUGACCUUCCCAUCAGUGCGUGCUCACCAUGCUGGUCAGUACUACUGCACUGCAUCAAACCGACUGGGACACCACACCUCCCCUGUAGCUACACUCUCCGUACUCUACCCUCCUAAGAACACCUCAGUUCUGGCUCGCCCCUCAAGUGUGGUGGAUGCUGGCCGACCUUUGACUUUGACCUGCAUCAGUCAGGCCAACCCAGCAGUGGACAACUUCACAUGGCACCGUUUAGCUCUGGACGGAGGCUCUGUACAAUCCUGGAGUACAAAGUCCAGUCCUGUCUUCACCUUCUCAGAGGUCAGCCCAGGAGAGAGCGGGCAGUACUACUGUGAGGCCAGGAAUCGAAUUGGAGCCCACAGUUCUCCUGUUCUCAUUGUGCGAGUCCGAGGUCGUCUUAAGGUCAUUGCCUUAGCCUCUGCAGUAGGAGUGUCUGCUGGACUCAUCACCCUCACUGUGGCCAUUAUGAUCAGCAAGAACAUGCACAGAGUGGACAUGGAGUUGGUAGAAGUAGGUAACAAGCGUACAUCGGUGACAGAUGACACCCUGUUCCAUGAGUCAGCCCAGCAUACCUUCCCAGAAAGGAAGGGCAAGAUGUCCGACAUACCUGAAGAGCAAGAGGACUUGAGUGACAGCUCCCACCCCUCCAUUGUUCCACUAAAGGAUUUUCCACCAAUCACAGAAGUUGAAACUUGCAGCCCCGCCCCCAACUACAUCACAGUCCAUUACUCCAGUGCAGACCAGGUACAGGUCGAAAACCUGCCACCGGGUGGCGGUAAAAAGCCAAAGGACUCCUCCAAAGUUGUUUACACUUUACUGCCCCAGCCUCAUCACAGAUAGAGCUGAAGGAGAUCUACCGCAGCACAUCAGUCUUCCUCAUGUGAAGCAGUCACUUUGCUUCCAUAUACCCAGAGAGGACCGUGAGACUGGAAACAGCCCCUUGUCAACUCUAAAACUGCCUUAACACUGCUCUGGGUCAGACAUGUUGUUAUGAGAUUUUCCAUGCUUCUUCAGACCAUGAAGGCCACAUGUGGUCCUGCAACUGAAUGGGAGUCCUGCCUGUGCACUGUGCUGCAUGUCUUUCGUGUAUUUUUCUAUGUGUCUUCCCACAGUCUGCUGUCUGACAAAGUGAAACUCUCCUAACACCAACACUGAGAGCCGCUUGCUUGCAUUCAUAUCCACAGUACAGGCUACAACUACUGCUGUCUUUUAAUUGAUACUUGACAGUGAAAUUUCCAACCUAGAAUAUGUAGAUAUGACACAGUAUGACUGCUACAUUAUCCGUUGCAUCCUCAGACUACAAAAAAACUAGUCAUUAUUUGUUUUUAAAUCAAAUUCUCUCCAAUAUAAAUGACAGUAUGGUGACAGACAACAGUGGACAACCCCUGACAUGUAUAAAGAAUAUGCACUCUCUGACACAUAUGGAUUUCCACUGUAUUCAGCAAUGCUCUAAAUAGGUUUGCUGUGGUUGCUGAUGCUGAAACAUUGACUUUAUUUAUACAGUGUAGCUUGCCCCCACUAUAUCAGUUUUUUCUGAUUUUUUAUGAAUUUAAAGCUAAGCCAGUGAUGAUGCAAGUUACUUGUUGUAGUUUGUUACAUUAAAGAGAAAGAAAACUAACAUGUUAUAUCUUGAAGGUAUGUUAUAAUUUUUUGCUAUUCACAAACAAUUAACAGCACUGACUGAUUAAUGAAAGGCUUUGUUUGAGGAGACAGUAAAGUUAGAGGGUUACCGUAAUGCUUUAGGUGUGUUUCUUGAAAGUUCGAUUUAGAUUUUCCUCUAAGAGCAGAAAAAACACUUCAUGCUUUGUGAAACUGGAAUCAACCCAAUGUACUAACUUAAAGAUAAGGCUGGUCAUUUUCUUUAUUAACAGUAUUUUCAACCCUCCCCAUACAGAGAAUAAAAUGGCUAGUGAAUUUCCUCUACUCAGUGUUUAUGUCUGUCACUGUGUCAGUCCUGGAUCAUUUUAUUCGUCUGUGCCAUAGACAGCCAUUGUUGUACAAAAACAAUUAAAACACAUCAGUGAAACACACUGCUGCACAGGGUGACAUGUUUCUUCAUUAGUAAACACCAGACCUGAGAGUGAUGAGCUAGUGGAAUGUAAACAAAGCAGAGAGUUUGUGCAAAAUCUCGCACAUGGUGUUCAUGACUUG